GGUUGGGCCUGCGCCUGGGUCCACUGUGGCCUCGGCGUGUCUGUGGGGACCCGGGUCCGGGAGGCGAGGUGAAGGUGGCUCUCACGGUGCCGCAAAAAAUGGGGACCUGGUGGGCGCCGGGCCCAGCGCAGCCCAGGGCGUGUCUGUCACCGGCCUCUGUCGUGUCCGCGCGGGGUGACACACCGUCUCUCCUCCCCAGCGCCGACCAGGCCCUCGACAGGUUUGCCAUGAAGAAGUAUUACGACGACAAGGUCUCCGCUCUGAUGCAGCCCUCCCAGAAGCGGUACGUUCAGUUUCUCAGCGGGCUGCUGUCGGGGACAGUGAAGAUGAACGCCUCGCCCCUCUUCCUGCAUUUCGUCAUCCUGCACGGCACCCCCAACUUCGACACGGGCGGUGUGUGCCGGCCCUUCCUGAAGCUGUACCAGGCCAUGCAGCCCGUCUACACCUCGGGGAUCUACAACGUUGGCCCCGAAAACCCGAGUCGCAUCUACAUCGCCAUAGAGCCGGCCCAGCUCCUGAAAGGGGACGUCAUGGUGAAGUGCUACCACAAGAAGUACCGCUCGGCCACCCGCGACGUCAUCUUCCGCCUGCAGUUCCAUACGGGCGCCGUGCAGGGCUGCAGCCUGGUGUUCGGGAAGCAGGACCUGGACAGCGCCUGCCAAGACGAUCGCUUUCCUGCCAGCGGGAAGAUCGAGCUGGUGUUCUCGGCCUCCCCCGAGAGGAUCCAAGGCUGUGAGCAUUUCCGCAGCAACCAUGGCGUGAGCGUGGACUUCAACACGGCCGACCCGCUGAUCCGCUGGGACUCCUACGAGAACCUGGGAGCUGACGGGGAAGUGCUGCACACGCAGGGCCCCGUGGACGGCAGCCUGUACGCCAAGGUGCGGAAGAAGAGCGCCCUGGACCCCGGCGUCCCCGCCGCCGGCAGCCCCUCCAUCGACCAGCUCAACAGGCUGAUCCUGGAGCUGGACCCCACCUUCGAGCCCCUCCCCACCUACAUGAACAAGCUGGGCAGCCUGGCCAGCAGCCCCUCGGCCCCAGACGGCGUUGGGGGUGGGCCCCGGGCCAGCGGCUGCCUGCAGGACAGAGGAGAGGACCCCGGCCGGGCCCCCGGGCAGCAAGGUGAGCUGGCGUUUCCCGGGCGCACACUCACGCGUCGUGUUCUGCAGCGUGGCCUCGGACGGAGUGGGGGUGAAGGUGGCAGCUGGCCCUGUGCAUACCCUGGGGCCCCAUCCUGGUGGUUCAGCGGCGGAGCCCUCAGCCCUCUGCUCCCCGUGGCAGGAAGCACGGCCUUCAGGGGCGUCAUGCUCAGAACCGUGGUCAUGUCGCAGUCACCCACCCCGGCGUUCCCCGUGUCUCCGCCGACGCCGUAUGUGACCACGCCCCCGCACCACCCGGCCUUCAGCCCGCCCGGGCCCCCAGUGGGCAGCGCCAGCGGCCUGUACCGAGCGGCUCACGAAAACCCAGGUGAGAAGCAGGUGACGGUAAGCUUUGUGCAGGACACCUCCAAGUUCUGGUACAAGGCGGACAUCUCCAGGGAGCAAGCCAUCGCCAUGCUGAGGGACAAGGAGCCCGGGGCCUUCGUCGUCAGGGACAGCCACUCCUUCCGGGGCGCCUAUGGCCUGGCCAUGAAGGUGGCCACGCCCCCACCCUCCGUCCUGCAGCUGAACAAGAAAGCCGGUGACUUGGCCAACGAGCUGGUCCGGCACUUCCUAGUCGAGUGCACCCCGAAGGGCGUGCGGCUCAAGGGCUGCUCCAACGAGCCCUACUUCGCGUCCCUCUCAGCCAUCUCAUGCCACGGUGUCUCGCCCCUUCCCGCAGACCCGCUGGAGGAGGCCCCAGACAGCCCGCCCCAGACGGCGGCCAACUCCGCGGCCGAGCUGCUGAAGCAGGGCGCAGCCUGCAACGUGUGGUACCUGGGCUCCCUGGAGAUGGAGUCGCUCACGGGCCACCAGGCCGUGCAGAAGGCCCUGAGCGCCACCCUGGCCCAGCAGCCGCCACCCCUGUCGACAGUCGUGCACUUCAAGGUGUCGGCCCAGGGCAUCACCCUGACGGACAACCAGAGGAAGCUCUUCUUCCGAAGGCACUACCCCGUGAGCAGCGUCAUCUUCUGCGCGCUGGACCCGCAGGACAGGAAGUGGGUCGCGGACAGCCAGGCGUGCAGGUGAGCGCCCGGCUUCUUCCCUCCGAGGGGGUCCCUGGGAGGAAAUGGCUGCCCGGGGCCACAA